AUGUUUCCAUUGUUUAAGCUUGGAACACUAGCCGUACGAACUAUUUCGAAACCCAUCGCGAAUAGGCUCAAAGCCGAGGCCGGUUUGCACCCGAGGUUCCGCGAGUACAUCAUCGGCCUCGCCCAGGCGAACUAUCGUUUCACAACGAAUCUCCAAAGACGUCUAUAUGGACGCGCAAUAGAUGUUGUGAUCCGUCCUCUGGAUGAAGCAAAAGCUGUUGGAGCUGCUGCUGAGUUUCUUGGGGAACUUGUUAUCUUCUCGGUUGCAGGACUCGCUGUUAUCUAUGAGGUGAACAGAAGUGCUAGAUCAGAAGCUAGGAAGGAGGAACAGCGCAAGCAAGAAAUAGAGGGACUGAAGAAAAGGGGGACAGAUAUAGAAAAAGAAGUGCAAUGUCUAAAGGUCAAACUGCAGGAGAUGGAGCAACUGGUCCAGGGAAGAAGCUGGCUAGAUUUCUUUAAGUUAUGGCACGCCCAAGCAAUGUUACAAGACCAAAAGCCAGCAAUGUCCUGUGAUUUCCUCCAUACUGAUGCUGCUUCCAAGCUAUGA